AUGUCUUCCACGAAACCCACAUCUUCGCCUGACGCGAGCUACCACGUUGAGAUUAAAGACGAGAAACAGGGGCCUAUGGUCAAAGAGGAGGACAGGACUGUCGUCGAUGAAGAGGAUGAAGGGGAGAUGGAUAUGAAAUCUCGAGCAUUGACGAAUUUGCUUAAGACAAGCUCGGUCUUCGUGGCCAUCAUGGCAGACAAGAUGAAGGAGCAACAGAAGCGCAAUCAAGAACAGGCGAGACGAGCCGCCACUAAACAGGAGCACCAGGCGGCGAAGGAGGGGGAGCCCAAAGGUCCAAUAAGGAAGUCAGACAGGGCGCAAGCACAGAAUACUAGCGAUACAAAAGAUCAGAUGGAAAGUCAGGGUAAGAAGAACAACCGAAGCCGAGGUCGGUCAGCGAAGGCAAACGUGGCAAAGAAGAGCAUCACAGAAUAUUUCGAUUCCAAAACUGCCAAAGCUGCGGAGGAGGGGCCAUCGGUUCAGCAAGCUCUGGCAGAAGCUGCUGAGGAGUACAAAGGAGAAGAGUUGGGUGCACAAGAACUUGUUGCAACCGAACAACCAAGUGUUGUCACUGGAGGGCAAAUGAAGAGAUAUCAGCUGGAAGGUCUUGAAUGGCUUAAGACACUUUGGAUGAACGGGCUCUCUGGCAUCCUGGCUGACGAAAUGGGUCUGGGAAAGACUCUCCAGUCCAUCUCUCUGAUUGCAUUCUUCAAAGAACACAAUAUCGCUGGUCCAUAUCUCAUCGUGGCCCCCUUGAGCACCGUUCGCAAUUGGAUCGAAGAAUUCAAAUACUGGACACCCACCAUUAACACGAUUCUCUACCACGGCAGUAAAGACGAACGCGAUGCCAUGCGCCGCAAGCGCAUGAAACUUCAGGAUCAAACCAAAACCGACUUUCCCGUUGUCGUAACCAGCUACGAAAUAUGCAUGAACGACAAAAAAUUCCUCACCAACUAUCAGUGGCGCUACAUUAUUGUGGAUGAGGGUCACCGCCUGAAGAAUAUGAAUUGUCGUUUGAUAAAAGACCUCAUGACCUAUAACAGCGCCAACCGCCUCCUCAUUACAGGCACACCACUGCAGAACAAUAUCGCGGAACUCUGGUCCCUGUUGCACUUUUUGCUCCCUGAGGUCUUCAAUGACCUUGAUAGCUUCGAGCGCUGGUUCGACUUCUCGAGCGUGCUCGAAGACAAGGACGAUCCUACCGGGAAAGCCCUUAAACGCAAGAACAACCUGGUUUCUACGAUGCAUGCCAUUCUCAAACCAUUCCUCCUCAGACGUGUCAAGACAGAUGUUGAAUCGUCCCUCCCCAAGAAAAGAGAAUACAUUCUUUACGCCCCACUCUCGGCUGAACAGAAGGAUUUGUACAGAGAAAUCCUUGCUGGGACUAGCAGGACCUACCUCGAAGAUAAAGCCGUCGAACGGAUUGAAGCCCGUAGUCGAGCUGCGAGUCUGAAACGCAAAUCCAACGGUAGUGGCCGUUCCACGCCUGUCAAAAGUCUGAAGACAAGUCGUGCAUCGACCCCUGCGUCUGCAGCAUCGGUUGGUUCCACGCGGCGAGGCAGAAAAGCCGCUCCGACGUCCUACCGAGAUGUGAGUGACAGAGAAUUCAACUCUCGCUUGCGUCGUCUUGAGCGUGGAGAAGAGGAUAUCAAUUUAGAUACCGCUUCACCUCCCCCAGACACGCCUGGCUUCUCAUCGGAAGAUGCCGAAGAGCUCGAGCGUGCGCAGACACUCAAAUUAGCCAAGAAAGAGAUUGCCAGCAAGAAGCUUCAGAACCCGAUCAUGCAGGCACGGCUUGCCUGCAAUUCUCCACAUAACUUCUAUUGGCCAUGGAAGCCUGCAACGGCCGAUGAAGAGGCGUCUGGAAAUUUUCCUGCUGUCGAUGAGACACUGGUCACGGCUAGCGGGAAGAUUCUACUGCUCGACACACUACUCCCACGUCUUUUCAAACUUGGCCACAAGGUCCUGAUAUUCAGCCAGUUCAAAACGACGUUGGACAUUUUGGGGACAUAUGCGAGCGACCUCAGAGGCUGGAAAUGUUGCCGCAUCGAUGGAAGUGUGAGCCAAGAGGAGCGGUACGAACAGAUAACAAGCUUCAACACUGAUAAAUCUUUCAACUUGUUCCUGUUGAGCACCAGAGCAGGCGGUCAGGGCAUCAAUCUGACCGCGGCUGAUACAGUAAUUCUGUUCGAUAGCGAUUGGAACCCACAGCAGGAUUUACAGGCCAUGGACAGGGCCCAUCGCAUCGGGCAGACGAGACCAGUCAUUGUGUACAGGCUUGCGACAAGAGGCACGGUGGAAGAGACACUGUUGUUCAAGGCCGAUGCCAAACGAAAACUGGAGAAGCUCAUCAUCCAAAAGGGCAAGUUCAAGAGUUUAUUAGCCGAGGGAGAUGUGGAUGAUGUGCGCGGCGUGCUGGAAGGGGAUGAAUUCGAGAUGUAUGAUAUCCAGAGUAAAGAGGGUGGGAAGAUUCUGGGUGAAGACGAACUCAAGAUUCUUACCGAUCGCAGUGACGAGGCUUAUGAACGUGCCGAGAAGGGAUUGGAUGUUGGUGGUGAAGGGCGGGUCUUCAGGGUGGCAGAUACGAAAGGAGGCAGCGAUGUACUUGAUGACUUGACGGUCCGAAGUAAGAGUUGA